AUGCCGAAUGGUGGUCGCCGCCGCGCAGACUACAGCUAUGGACGGUGGGAUCACGGUGGCUAUUGGCAGUGGACGGCAAGUACUCGCAGGCGAGAACGGUGGGCAAGUGCUUCGGCAACGGGAAGUUUCAACAUGAACCGUGCCCAGCAGCUCCUUAGCCAGCACCGCCUCGCAGGCGAGGAGCUCUACAAUCAGGCAUUCUGUGGCAAGAUGCCGGAGACGUCCUUCGCGGCGAUGGAAGAGUACGUUCAGGAAAUGCCACGCACGGCAUGGAACACGAUGCAUGUAAUGCCUAUGUACGAUGCGUUCGGAUGCGGGGAAAGGCCCCACUUCAUCAACGUUCCAGAGGCAGCUCCUCCGUCGCCCUCGACACCAAGUAAUGACGUUAACAUCAUCAUGGAGAGUAUGCGCCUCCUGCAAGCCAUGGCACCUGAGCAGGCCGCAAAAAUCUUAACCGAUACAGCUGCCCUGCAGGGGCCUUAUGAGGACUGA